CGUGGAUGUGGGGGUUCCCGGAAAGGCCCGUGUGAAUGCGUGUGCGUGUGUGUGUGUGUGGGGGGGGGCGCCUGGAAGGAGACAGAGUUAUUCCCCUGGGAGCAGCCCAGACCCUGAAGGAUCCCCCAGAACUUGCCCCAGUGCCCCCCAGGGCAGUGCCAUGUGGCCCCUGCCCAGCUGAGCCUGCCCCCAGGAGGUGGUGGACAUGCACUGGGACUGGGUGCCACUGGCAGCCCACCACGCCCCAACAUGGCCACACCGGGAUCUGACCUACUGCCGGAGAACAGGGAGCCUUGGAGCCCAGCCCCCACCAGAGCCCCUGACCCAGAGUUGAAGAACGAGGGCCCCCACUCCCAGCUGGAGUUGGGAGCUGUAGCAGACAGUGAGGUGCCGGGCACCGAUGGGGAAGGAACCGCCCAGAGCACUGGGGAGGAACCGGUGCGGCGCCACCGCAAGGGCCCGGCGCCUAAGAUGCUGGGCACAGAGCGGUGCAGUGUAUGCAGGGACAAAGCCUCAGGCUUCCACUACAAUGUGCUGAGCUGUGAGGGCUGCAAGGGCUUCUUUCGCCGCAGUGUCAUCAAGGGGGCACAGUAUGCCUGCCGUGGUGCUGGCCAAUGCCACAUGGACCCCUACAUGCGCCGCAAAUGCCAACUGUGUCGCUUUCGCAAGUGCCGCCAGGCUGGCAUGCGAGAGCAGUAUGUCCUGUCGGAGGAGCAGCUACGGAAGAAGAAGCUGAGCCGGCAGCAGCAGCAACAGGAGGGGUGUGGGGGGGGCGAGAUGCCCCGGGUGCCCCCGCUGCUCCCAGACCCUGUGCUGGGGCUGCCUGAGCCUGCCCAGCUCACACAGCAGCAGGAGCGCAUGAUCCAGCAGCUGGUGGCGGCUCAGCAGCAGUGCAACAAGCGCUCCUUCAGUGAUCAGCCCAAGGUCACGCCAUGGCCCCUGGGCAAUGAUCCCAACAGCCGGGAAGCCCGGCAGCAGCGCUUUGCCCAUUUCACCGAGCUGGCCAUCAUCUCCGUGCAAGAGAUUGUUGACUUCGCCAAGCAGGUACCUGGCUUCCUGCAGCUGGCUCGUGAGGACCAGAUCGCCCUGCUCAAGGCCUCCACCAUUGAGAUCAUGUUGCUGGAGACAGCACGGCGCUACAACCAUGAGACAGAAAGCAUCACCUUCCUGAAAGACUUCACGUACAGCAAGGACGACUUCCACCGCGCGGGUCUGCAGGUGGAGUUCAUCAACCCCAUCUUUGAGUUCUCGCGGGGCAUGCGAGGGCUGCAGCUGGAUGAUGCCGAGUAUGCCUUGCUCAUCGCCAUCGACCUGUUCUCGGGUGACCGGCCUGGUGUGCAGCACCGUGCCCAGGUGGAGGCACUGCAGCUGCCCUACGUUGAGGCCCUGCGUGCCUACACCCGCAUCCAGCGGCCCCAGGACCGGCUGAUGUUUCCCCGCAUGCUGCUGAAGCUGGUGGCCUUGCGUACGUUGAGCAGUGUACACUCAGAGCAGGUCUUUGCCCUCCGCCUGCAGGACAAGAAGCUGCCACCGCUGCUCUCUGAGAUCUGGGAUGUCCAUGAGUAGGCGUGCAAGGCAUGGGGAGGCAGGACUGAGGGGUUCCCCCCACCCAUGGCCAGAUCCCCCUCCCUCCACACUGAUGGACCAAUGCCAGAACCCAGCAAGGGGCAAGCCCCCCUGCACCCUGGACUAACCAUGUGAUGCUGUGCCUGGCUGGAUGAUGGAUCAGGACCCCCACCCCCCUGCCUGGCCCAGUUGGAGGCAGCCUCAGGACAGUGGGAGUCUCCCAGGGCUGGGGAACAUCUCUGCCCCCCAGCUUAUGAGCCUCAAAGACUUGUUGUCCUCUCCCCACCAAUGGGGAGUCCCUCUCCUAUGAAAGGGGGUGUGGGGUGGAGGUGACCCCUGGAUAGCAGAAGGAGGGCAGAGGGGCAGGCCCCAGUCCUCUGCUGCCACUGGAAGAACUUGGGGGGGGGGGGAAACAAAGACAGUGCUGCCCCCCCCAUUCCUACUGUCAUGGAGAUGUGUAUGGAACGAGAAUGCUUCCCCCGCUGGAGUCGGGGGGGGGGGGGGGCG